AGCGCUGUCAUCGUCGUCGUCGACUGUCAAGUGACGUUUGCUGUCGUGGCGCUGAAAGGGACAGAGAGAUAGAAAGUUUGUUGGUUGCCGACGCUUAAGCUGCAGAUUUGGUCGCAUUGCCUUUUCUUCAAUUAAAAUAAUAAUAACAUAAAACGCAAAAUGUAUCGUGAAAUGCUGGCGCUGUGUCUGCUUGCCGUUGUGUGCACAACGGGCGUCUAUGGCAGCUGCAAGGCGACGGUGAACGCCUUCAGCACACAGGAUGCCACAAUUCUGACGCAAGUGGCGCAUGUGGCCGAAUUCUCGCUGCAGUGCAGCAACUCGGCACAGCCCAGCCUCUUUGCUGAGUUCCCCUGCGGCAAGGUGGUGCCCGUUGCCAAGGUGGGCGACAACAAAUACCAGGUCAGCUGGGUGGAGGAUAUCAAGGGUGGCAGCAGCGGCAAUGUGCAGGUGCGUCUCUUCGAUGAGGAUGGCUAUGCGAAUGUGCGCAAGGCGCAACGCGAUGGCGACAAGGUCUCAUCGGUGAAAUCGCUGCUGGACAUCGGUGUGCCCACCAAGGGCGCCUACAAGGGACCCUGGAUCAAGGCCGAAAUUCUGGCCGCCAUUCUUGUUGGCGGCGUUGCCUACUUUGCCUUCACCACCAAGGGCAAGGUGCAGUCCUAAUGCAAUUGUUUGUUGGGAUGUUGCCCAAUCGAGACUUCUUGAAUGAAAUUCAUUCACCAAAUAAUAUUCACAUACCAAGUAGCAACAAAUUCAAUCCAUUUUCUAUAGAUUUUCCCACAACUUUUUCUAUAUAUCACACACACACUCAUACAUAUAUAUAUAUAUGUUUAAGCUACAAAGUCGUGUAAAUAAAUGAGAGAGUUCAUCAGAA